GCACGAAAACUCAAAGCAGGCGCAUCCAGAAAAAGAACCCAGCAUCGCUCUUAUCCCUGCACAGGCUACAGGCAGUGCUCUGACAUGUAUAGCAGACAAGGUCAUUGAUCACGCUGCUGACUCGUCCUAUAUUGCCUCUCAAAUUCGGGCUCUCCGUCUCAACUUGCACGCAAGAGAGCGCGCAAGGAAGCCUUUAGCUUGGCCUGCAUGCCACCGUCAAAAGAGACGCCCGAGGAGGCUGCGAAACGGCGGAAGGAUGAACAAAUCAGACGUCUCUUCACCACACUGGAUGUACGGCGCUGCGGUGAAUUGCGCGACAUUGACGAUUUGCGCGCUGGACUACGUGAGUUGCAGCAUCCGUUGGAGGGAGCAGACAAUUUGCUGCAGGAAGUCUUUGAUCAUAUCGACAGUGGCAAUGACGGGAUUAUCACAUUCAGCGAGUUUCGCGUGUUUGUGCUUGAGACGGAGGACAAGUUGCGACGGUUAUUUGAGCAGCUGGAUGUCUUGCAUCAAGGACGACUCAAGCGGUUUGAGAUCCAGCGAGCCUUGCACAAAGCUGGCGUGCAUACGACAGAUGGGCGUAUGAAUGAGUUAUUUGAAGCCAUGGACAAGAACAACGAUGGCUACAUCACCUUUGAUGAAUGGCGCGACUAUCUGUUGUUCCUACCAGAGCAGUUGCCGGACAUCAAGAAUGUCAUCCUCUAUUUCCAAUCCAUCCAUCAAGUCUCGAGCGAAGGGGAUAUCCUCAUCAGCGACGAAGCGUUGCAAUCCAUCGGCUACUUUCUCGCAGGAGGUCUGGCUGGUGCCGUUUCGCGUACAGCAACAGCUCCCUUUGAUCGACUCAAGGUAGCAUUGAUUGCAUCUACAGAGAACACGAGUAAACGGAUAGCGGGUGCGGCAUUGAGCCGCAGUCUUUUCCGUGUUGACACAGCACCCCUUGUACGUGCACUCAGCGACAUUUAUGCAAAUGGUGGACUUCGAUCCUUCUUCAUUGGUAACGGUCUCAAUGUCCUUAAAAUCUUUCCCGAAUCAGCCAUCAAAUUUGGCAGCUAUGAAGCAGCAAAGAAAUUCAUUGCUGGGCCAGCUGGAACAGAUGAGUUAUCGUCAGCCUCUCGCUUCCUCGCUGGUGGCAUUGCCGGCGCCGUGUCUCAAGCCAGUGUGUAUCCCAUUGACACACUCAAGUUUCGCGUACAGUGCGAGUCGGGUGGUAACGCAGAACUUGGAUCCGUCAUUCGCAAAACAGCCAGUAAGAUGUGGGCGCAGGGCGGCUUACGCAGUUUCUACCGGGGUUUGCCACUAGGCAUUGUGGGCAUCAUUCCUUACUCUUCCAUUGAUUUGGGGACGUUUGAGCUCUUGAAGCGCAGUUACAUCAAGCGUAAAGCGAAACGGCUCAAGGUGAGUGAGAGGGAUGUGGAUGUACCCAACCAUCUCGUACUGGGAUUUGGUGCAUCGAGUGGUGCUUUUGGUGCAAGUCUCGUGUACCCGCUCAAUCUACUCCGCACACGCCUUCAAGCACAAGGGACGCGUGCGCAUCCAGCAACCUACACGGGAUUACAGGAUGUGAUUCAGUCAACACUCAGGAAGCAAGGCUGGCGAGGACUGUUUCGUGGGUUGUUGCCAAACUUGAUGAAGGUAAUUCCAUCCGUCUCCAUUUCCUACCUGGUGUACGAGAAGUCGAAGCAACAGAUGGGUUUGCGGUAGGAGUUGGAGGGUAAUGAGAAGUUUAUAAUAUACAAUUACUGCAUGCUGGAUGGGGUGUGACUGCGCUGUUUCCUGUUGUAGCGUGGGAAAAGAGGAAAUGAUGUCACUGGCAGCAGCAGUGGACUCUCGUUGGACCGAGUCUUGGACCUGGGCAAGCACAAGAUCAUCUACAGAAACUACAAGAACAAAUACUCGAUAGCAAUGUCUGAUCUCGGUAAGCAGCCUAUUCUCCUCGUAGUAAUCACUAACCUUUCAGCAAACACCAACCGUCAGGACGAAGGCAAGGAGAAUGCUCACUCUGAAGUCGACCCCCUCGACCAGCGUUCCCUCGCCAACCGCGUUG